UUUGUUAGUUAUCUUCAGCAACAGCGCACGAUGUUCAAAACGAAUUUAGCGUUUUCGCUCUUGGUGGUUGCGUUUGCAAAAUCUGGAGCACAAAACAGUUUGCUCGGUUCCGCACAAGAACAUAACUUGGCUCUAACUCCAUGCGAGAAUGACGUCGAGUGUAGUCACUUGCAAAACGCCACUUGUAAAAAUAAGUUUUGCGAAUGUUUAGGCACAAAGUUUUGCGCUGACAAAAUAGCGACCGUCGUGAAUAAAAUCGGCGAGAAAUGCACGGACGAUGGCGAAUGCAAUAUCGGGUAUUCCGAGUGUCAAAGAGGCGGAUGCGCAUGUUCGACCGGAAGAGUCGCACCCGAGGACGGAAGGAGAUGCUUAACAGCGUCCAAACUAAACGAGAGCUGCGAAGACAGUGUCCAAUGCCGAUCCACCGACCCCCGUUCGGAAUGUCAAAAUAACGAAUGCGUUUGUCAGCAGCAGAUGCACGAAUAUGACGGUGUCUGUUACAAAAAUGUCGGUCUUGGUGAACAUUGUAACGCGACUGGCGACUGCUCGCUGGUCCAAUUUUCCAAAUGCUUGGUACACUGCAGGUGCAAGAACGGCUAUUUGAGAAGCGACUCCGGAGAUAAAUGUCUGCCUGUCGGAAAGAAGAUAAGCGACCCAUGUUCCGAAGAUAUUCAAUGCAGCGCGGAACUCGGAGCGGCUAUUUGCAAAGAUGGUCACUGCGGCUGUAUGGAUUCCUAUCAAUUCCAAUGGAAGUCUAAUAAGUGCGUCAGGGAUAAACGUUUUCAUGUAGAGUUCUCCCACUGAUAUACCGUUUUUACGAUAUAAUCCGGUAUUCACCUUUGGAAAAUUUGUAUGCAGGCGUGGAUCGCAAUGCCGAUCCAGAACCGUACGACCACAUUCUUCAUUGAAUAAUGUUAGUAUAUGGUAAGAAAUAAAUUGAUAAAUAUUAAUUACAAACACAAGACGGAUUAGAAAUAACUCCAAAGCUUAGACGGUUAAGAAAAUACUGUUUCGUUUCAUAAAACUGACAUACUCCGAUUUCACCAACCCAAACAAAUCAACCAAUAGCAAACUGGGAAAGCAUCCAUUAUAAAUCAAUUAUCUACAUAACGAAAAUAUUUUACAGUCAUUAUGUUAAACCUUUAAAUUGGAAAUCAGUUUAAGCUUGCUAAAGUGCUUCUAAUAUAGGAGAUCAACCUAUUUAAUGUGCAGAUUCAACUUUGAAUCCAGCUACCUUAAGUAUGAAUUAAUAUAACCGUUUAAUCAAAGAAGAUUUCCCUACUCUUAAAAUAGAACAUGACCACGGCACAGUUCUUGUCGGUCUUAAAUACGGCCAUGGCUUGUGGUUCAUGUGCUGAAAAGAAUGGUCCCUUCCGCUUCACAACAAGCGGGUCUUAAACUCAUUCCAAACCAUAAAAAGUUGUAAAAACCGUAUAUCGUCGGGCGAACUUUAGCCGUUUGAAUGCUACACUAGUUUUGCAAUUGGCAAUGUAAACCACGUUUACUUUUCUUUUUGUAUCUAAACAUAAAG